AUGCCUGUCUCCUAUGCCACUGUCGUCGGUCACUCCACCUCUUCCUUCCCGAGGCCCCAUAUCCUCUACACCGUCCAGGUUACGACGGCGGAUGGCCGGGUCUCCACCGUGUCCAAGCGUUAUUCCGAUUUUGUCUCCCUUCACGACUCCCUCAACGACCCCGGCUCCCUUCCGCCAAGGCGCAUUCUCGCCACCACCUUCAUACCCUCGGCAUGGCUCGACGACGCCCUCAUCACUGAGCGCAAGGCCGGCCUUUCCGCUUAUCUCACCGGGCUCGUCGACUCGCCCCAGUUCCGCUCUCACCAGUUCCUGGCCGACUUCCUCGCCCCUUCCGGCCCAUCCUCCGCCGCUCGCGUCCUCAGCUUGGAGGACGCGGUCCCUUCCACUCUUUCGCGCAAGGCCGCGCUCGCCGCUCAGGGCGAGCUCGAGGCCGAGGCCACAAAGAUAGCCGCGGCAUACUACCCCGAUUGGUCGUCGGAUCAGUUCCCCCCGAGCUCGCUCGACUUCUCCAAGUUCGAUAUCUUGUUCUACGCGUUCGCCACUCCGAACUCGUCGAAUGGCGUGUCGUUGGGCUCCGCCUCGACGCUCAAGGCCCUCGUCUCGGCUGCGCACAGCAGCAGCCACGGUACCAAGGUCGUCCUGUCUAUCGGUGGAUGGACCGACAGCACGUACUUCUCUCAAGUCAUGAGCUCCGCCAACCGUUCGACGUUUCUGAAUGCCUGCGUGAGCAUGGUCAAGACGUACAACCUCGACGGUAUCGACAUCGAUUGGGAGUAUCCCAACGAGUCGGGCGCCGGAAACCCGCACUCGUCCUCUGAUGCCGCCAACUUGCUGUCCUUCUUCAAGUCCCUCCGCUCCGCGCUCGGUUCGUCCAAGAUCAUCACGGCGGCGGUCACGCCGUUGCCAUGGACUGGCUCCAACGGGUCGGCGCUCACUGAUGUUUCUGCGUAUGCUUCUGUGAUGACUUAUGCCAACAUCAUGAACUACGACACAUGGGGGGCUUCAUCGAGCCCAGGUCCGAACGCUCCCCUCGGCAACCUCUGUGGCAACUCCACGCUCCCACAGUACUCCGCGCAAGCGGGGCUGCAGCAGUGGACCGCCGCCGGGUUCCCCGCCUCGAAGCUCCUCCUCGGUCUCCCGCUGUACGGCUACGUCUCCCAGAGCUCGAAGACGACGCUGCACGAGAUCGCCCUCCCGCAGCCCGGGUUCGACGUCUCGGCGUACAAGCAGCAAGUUCUCGGCCUGCCUGAUCGCGGGCUCUCGUGCCCCGUGCCCCACGCGCGCAUCACUCCGAUCCCGGAGGAGGGCGAGGGCGAGCCCGCGGCGAUGCACGGCGCCCACCCGCGCGCGCGCAAGCAGCCGAGGAACGGAACGGUGACCACCGAAGCGUCGGGCGACCUGAGCGCGUGGCUCGGGCAGCAGAUCCCGUUCAACGAGCUGGUCGCCCUCGGGGCGCUCAAGAAGAACUCGGACGGGACGUACACGGGCACGAACGGGUACACCAUGGCGUGGGACGACUGCAGCGACACGCCGUUCUUGUACGACACGAGCCGGAAGGUCGUUGUCACGUACGACGACACCUGGUCCAUCGGGGACAAGGCUACGUUCGCGAAGCAGAACGGUAUGGCCGGCUGUUUCACGUGGUCGCUCGACCAGGACGACGGGACUGCCCUCCAGAGCGUCAUCCGCUCCAGCCUGGGCAUCUGA